AUGUCAUGACGCACUUACCGGAAGUGGAGCUAACACAGUUAGCCCAGUGUACUUAAUUAUUAUGAUGUAUGAAUAAAAUUGAUACUAAGAAAAUUAUGAAAUAACUGAAGAGGAGUUUCAGUAUACAAUUCCCAGAAGAAAUGACGCAAAUAAUAAAGGCGGCUGUGUCAUUGCGGGUUAUACUGACUCUUUAUCUGUUGCUGUUGGACCUUGCCGUGGAGUCUACCUCAGAAUUUAAUCCUUAUCAAAUUCUUGGAGUUACCAAGAGCGCAAGUCAUGCCGAAAUCAAGAAGACGUACAAGCGGCUAGUCAAAGAAUGGCACCCAGACAAGAACAGAGAUCCAGGGGCUGAAGAUAUGUUUAUCAAGAUAUCAAAAUCCUAUGAGAUCUUGUCCAAUCAGGAGAAGCGAGCAAAUUAUGACCAGUAUGGCCAGACGGAUGACAACCGCCAGCACGGGCAGCCACGUCAGGGGUUCCGCCACUUCCACGACAGCUUCUACUUCGACGAGUCCUUCUUUCACUUCCCGAGGUCCAGCCGCGACUUCGCCGACAGCAAGUACAUGCUGCACUACACGCAAUACAUGAGCGACAUCAUCCCGGACAGCUUCCGCAAGCCGUAUCUGAUCAAGAUCACCUCCGACUGGUGCUUCACCUGCAUCCACAUUGAGCCCGUGUGGAGGGAGACUGUGCAGCAACUGGAGGGUCUGGGUGUUGGUAUUGGCGUGGUAGACAUUGGCUACGAGAGGCGGUUGGCUGACCAGCUGGGGGCACACCGUACCCCCUCCAUCCUCGGACUGAUCAACGGGAAAGUCACUUUCUUCCACUACUCCAUCGUCACGGAGAACCUGCGGCAGUUUGUGGACUAUUUGUUGCCACAGAAACUGGUUGAAAAGGUCACUGAUGGAAACUACCAGGAUUUCUUAGACAGUUGGCACGAGGAGAACAAACCCCGCUUGCUUCUGUUUGACCAAGUGCCUGCAGUUCCUCUGCUUUACAAGCUGGCAGCAUUUGCUUACAAAGACUAUGUGCGUUUUGGAUAUGUGAACCCGGGUUCGACGGAGACCGCAAACCUCAUCCAGCAGUUCAACGUCAACACCUACGCCCCCACCAUGCUCCUCUUCAAGGAGAAUACUAACAAGCCAGCCGACAUCAUUCAGGCCAAAGGGAUGAAGAAGCAAAUCAUGGAUGAGUUUAUCUCGUCCAACCGGUUCCUCGCUGUGCCACGGCUGGUGAACCAGAAGUUCUUUGACGAGCUGUGUCCCGUGAAACAGUUCCACCGACGCAGGAAGUACUGCGUCCUCCUGAUCACCGGCGCAGAAGAGUCCUUUGCCCCAGGGAACGCUGCUUUCCUCUCCUUCGCCGAGUUCAACACCAAGGCGGUCCUGCGCUUUGCCUACGUCUACCAGAGACAGCAGCAGCCGCUGUGCGACGCCCUGCUAAAGAGCCAGGAGAGCAGGCUGCCCCAGGUGGUGAUCCUGGAGAGGCGGAACGCCGCUGGGAAGGUCCUGUACAGGGCUGUCACGGGGGGGUGGAACGGCAGCGAAGAGGACAAGUACCGUCUCCACGAGCAGCUGGACAACCUGCAGAAGGACCCCUCCUUCCUCCGCCACGACGCCAUGCUGCCGGAGCUCAACAACGAGUUCUCCUCCUGGAUUUAUUCGGCGUAUGAGUACCUCUCUCAGACUAUGGAUGAUUUUCUUCACAGUAACGGGCUUGAAGUGAUGCCUCUGCUGUCUUUGCUCUCUGCCGUGUUCAUCCUCCUCGGCACCGUCAUCAUCCUGGCCUUCAGCGAGCGCGGAGAAGAGAAACAGACGAAGUCGAAGCCGAAAGAGGCGCCGAGGACUGAGAGCGCGUCAGGAAACCCCGCUAACGUUACCUCACCAAGCCGUCCCCCGAAGAAGAACUUUGUGGAGGUGACGGAGCUGACGCACCUCACGUACACCAACAGCCUGCUCAGGCUGAGGCCGGGACACAUCAACGUGCUGCUGGUGUUCACCGACGCCUCCAAGAACGCCCUGCUCAGCAAGUUCGCCAAGGAGGUGUACUCCUUCACCGGGAGCCAGGCGCUCCGCUACUCCUUCCUGAACGCGGACAAGCACAGGGAGUGGGUGGACUCGGUCCUGCAGUUUGCCCAGGACCCCGCGCAGCUCCACAGUGACAAGGCCCCCGGCCUCCUGGCGGAUUACGACGGGUACGUGAUGGCCCUCAACGGACACAAGAAGUACUUCUGCCUCUUCAGGCCCGUCCACACCACCGACGGCCUGGGGGGGCGCUCCUCCGACGAGGGGGGGGCCGGGACGGGCGGCAGGUCGAGAUCGGCCUCAAGGGAGGAACACAACUCCUCCUCCACCUCCACCCUCCACAUCCACCACAGACUGGACCGGCUGGGCCUCUGGAUGGAGCGGCUGAUGGAGGGCAGCCUUCCCAGGCACUAUAUCCCAGCCUGGCCCUGCCUGGACACCAUCACAGCACACAAAUAGGCCUUUCGCUGGGGGUGGCAGAACCCCCUCCGGUUUAGCCGUCCGGCCGAUCGAGUCCCCUCGUCUGAUUGGAGAGCGAGAAUGUGUCUUGGGUAGUGGAAUGUUUGUAGGAGGACUCCGCUUGAAAGCACUGCGUUAGAUGGUUUUAUAUUAGGGGACUAGGUUUCUGGCCUAAAACCAGGAGGUUGUUUGAUCCAGUCCCACAACACUGUUUACCACUAGCUCUCACAUUGUUUUUUGAUAUUUUAAAAUAAUUGUUUUCAAUGUUUAUGAGCACCACAAGUGCUUUGCUGCUUUAGAGACCAGGAUGUUGAGUUACUUCAAUUCCCUGUAUACAAAUUGCUGCUAUGUUUACGUUUAGAGUUGAAGUAGAAUUUUAACUUGAAAUCCAUCCAUAUUGUAGAGAUGCCCUUGCAACACAUUGCUCUUAAUCGUGUUGCAACUGAUAUCUUUACAACACCGUAUGCCCCACAAUGCUUUAUUUCUUUGCUGCUAUGCCUGUGUUUGUCUUUCACCGCUUGUCCUUAAAGAAUGGUUUGGUGCUGUUUAAUAUGAGUCGACAUUCUACAUUGUAUGCGGACAUUUCUGCUUUUUCAUUUGCAUGUGGAAAAGGGUUUGUUAGCUGCUUUGUUUGUUACUUUGCAGAGCAGGUAACCCGCCCUGAAGCCUGGCUGAUGUUUCAUUUUGUCAACCUGUAGAAGUAAGCUCGCGACACAAAUGUGCACGCAUUUGACUCUUUAAAGUGGCAAUCUAUGAUUUUUUUUAUUUGAACAAAUAACAUAUUUCAGACCUAUUCCCACCUAUUCUAGCAAUGACCAUUGAGCUCAUUUGCAGAUAACUCACAGAUAAUUUAUUGAAAUGACACUGUUAAGAUGCCCUCUAUUGAAAUAUAUGCAGGGGAACCUCCUAUGGAAGAAAGGAUUGUUGCGAUGCAGAGAUGUGUAGUUUGUGUGACAGUGGAGAGUUGGAGCACAUUUGUUUUUGUUUGCAGUAACUUUACAACAGUGGCCAUAAAAAAGAAAACCACACUGACAAUCAGGAGGAGGAAAACAUGUGAGAAGGCUGUAUGUCGCACAGAACGAUGGGUAUCAAAGUGUAGAGUAGACCUGUCGUGGCUGCCAGUUGCCAUGGGUGGCCACUAAAUACACCAAAACUGAGGAAACCGUAGAUUGCCACUUGUGUUUUUACAAGUUGUUUUUACAAGUUUUAAAAAUGAUCUCCCUUGGCUGCUGAAAUUCUUUCAGCUGUGCUCCUUGUGUGGGGUGUGCAUAUAAUCUAAUUAUGGCAAGAAGCAUACCAUGACACUGGGUAGGUUAAUGUAGGAUACUAGUGAGAGACAUCUGAGGACACAUUUGCACUGUGCAAUGGCAAUUUAACAAGGCUACACUUAAUGUGCUGUAAUGUGUACUAGGUCGAAAUGGCAUACUGCUUAUCUGCCUGUUUUCCAACAACAUCUGUCAGAGAAAUGGGAACAUUAACUCAAAGCGAGUUAACUUGGUACCUCUCUGCUGGAGGUCCGUAAAGCAGGGAUCAUCACAGCUGGCACUUGAAUUCAAAUCCAGCCCUGGUUUUCUUUUCUCCCAGGUAAUUAGCUGAACAGAAUUAGUGCCAGACUGCCUUCACACCUGAUUCCCAGGUAAAGGGAGUGUGGAAAACCAGCAGUUUUCUUUCUCCCUCCGUCGAGGACCGUGAUUUGAUGAUCCCUGCUCUAAAUGUGCAUGAUAACAGAGGCAGAUGGAGCUACUGGCUGUAGUUACUGAACUGAAGUGAACACUGUAGAAUGUGUAGAUCGGUUGCAUAAAGCUGCCUGUCGUGGCCUAAAUUCAGGUACUCCGUUUCAUGUCCCUGCUAGGGGACACAGAGCCGUCUUCAGUGAUUGUGUGUGAAAAUAAAAGGGAAAAUGUUUGGCUGGUCACAGCAAGCUUGUGUCAGCCUUUUGCAGGGUACAUUCAGCUCACUGCUUUUCCUUCUCAAAUCCUUUUCUGCUUUUUCCCAUACAGUAGUAGUAUUUUAUUUAUUCAUUUUUCCAUGAUUUUAUGAGCUGGGCGUGUGAGAGUGUGCUGGCUGUGUGAGUGUGUGUGAGUGUGUGCUGGGCGUGUGAGUGUGUGUGAUUGUGUGCUGGGCGUGUGAGUGUGUGCUGGGCGCGUGAGUGUGUGAUUGUGUGCUGGCUGUGUGAGUGUGUGUGAUUGUGUGCUGGCUGUGUGUGUGAGUGCGCUGGGCGUGUGAGUAUGUGCUGGCUGUGUGAGUGUGUGUGAGUGUGUGCUGGGCGUGGGAGUGUGUGCUGGGUGUCUGAGUGUGUGUGUGAGUGUGUGCUGGCCGUGUGAGUGUGUACUGGCUGUGUGAGUGUAUGUGAGAGUGUGCUGGCUGUGUGAGUGUGUGCUGGGCGUGUGAGUGUGUGCUGGGCGUGUGAGUGUGUGCUGGGCGUGUGAGUGUGUGCUGGGCGUGUGAGUGUGUGCUGGGCGUGUGAGAGUGUGUGAGUGUGUGCUGGGCGUGUGAGUGUGUGCUGGGCGUGUGAGAGUGUGCUGGGCGUGUGUGAGAGCGUGUGAGAGUGUGCUGGGCAUGUGAGAGUGUUUGAGUGUGUGCUGGGCGUGUGAGUGUGUGUGAGUGUGUGCUGGCUCUGUGAGUGUGUGUGAGUGUGUACUGGGUGUGUGAGUGUGUGCUGGGUGCGUGAGUGUGUGUGAGUGUGUGCUGGGUGUGUGAAAAAAUUGAUAGUAAAGGUGAGGUAAGCGACUCGGGAGGUUUUGUGAUUUCAGUAAGGGCGACGUUCCUGCAUGUGUUUGAGGAAGAGACCAGUUCUAGGGGGUUUCUUCAUCAGGGUCAGCUCAGCUCUGCGCUCCUCUAGGGGGCCAUAUGCUCUGAAAUAUCCUGCUGACACUAAACGUUGCAGCAAUGUUUUUUUUUUUCAGUGCUACAACAUUGCUACCACAUGGCAGCACCAAUGGACCUUGUGCAAGAACCACUCCUAUGAACAGAUUUGUUUUUCUGAAUUUUCUCUUAUUUAUACCGCAUAAAUAAUGCAUUUGGUUCAUUUCCUCUGGACAGGCUUGAAGUGCAGGUCAGUGCAGCUUGCCUGACUCACAGAACCUCGGAUCAAAUAUGAAUCAAGAUUAAUCAACUUCAUUGCUUAUUCCCAGACUCAAAUGUUUUCAGAAAGUAUUUCAGGAGGAAUAAGAGAAGUUCAAUUCUUUGUUUGGCCAAAAAACAAUGUCUGUCCAAUCAGGUGCAGACUACAUGGUAGACUUCCCUUGUUCUUGUUAAUCCGAUUGGCCAUUUAUCUGAGGGAAUACCCACCUACAGUACCAUAUAUACUUUAUUAUAACGGACAUCUCCAUUUAGGACAGUUUUCUGAAGUUUUCUUUUUUUUUUUUUUCAUACGAAAAAAGUAACAAAAAUGUAUAAGAAUGAGAAAAUGUUCUUGGAUGAGGCCCAUUAUGAGUACGUUUUGUGCUUUGAAGCUAGGUAGCCUCCAUACCAUUAUGAAGCCCUGGCAACUGCUGUACUCUGGUACAACUCAACAGUGCAGCUCAUAAGUAGAUGCGGCUUACCUGACACAUCUGUUAUUAAGCGUACACCAUUUUCAUUUAAUUUAUUCUGCAAUAACUGAAAUCUGAAUUGGGUGAGACGAUAAACUCGAAUCUGUAAAUAUGGCAGAGGAAUAUACAUUUUUGGUUUGGUUUAUGAAUAUUUAUUUUAUGCUCCACCUUGGUUCUUUAUCAAUAAUAAAGUAGAUUUUUCAAAGUCA